AUGGGUGGAGGGAAGAAGUUAUCUGGCGCGCAGAAGAGGAAGAAGAGGAGGGAGAAAGAAGAGGCUAUGAAGGAGGCUGUGGCGGAUAUGGAGCGUUUAAAGCUUGGACCGACGAAGUUGUGGACGGGGUUGGUGUUGCAUCAUAAGGAUGUGUUUGUCUCGCAUGUGAUUUCGAAAUUGAAUAGGGCAGAUCGGUUUUUCUUUUCAGAGGUGAAUAGAGAGAGUCGGGGUGUGCUUGAAUACGCCGGGGUAAACGUAUCAGAUUGGGGUGUUCACGAAUGUUCAUCCAUCUCGACGUUGGAAUGGGCGUGGAAUCACAUGCCCUGGGGAGAGAAAGAUUAUAGAGGAAGAGUGAUGGAUCAAGCCUGGUUUUGUUGGCACGUUGCUGGAACGAACAAACUCGAGUUUCUCAAGUGGGCGAGAGAAGUGAAACAUUGCGAGUGGGAUGAAUGGACGAUUAAUCGGGCCGCAUUUGGAGGUAAUCUCGAGAUGCUGAAAUACUGCUUCUCUGACGAGUGCCCGUGUGAUGUACAUGAAGAAAUGUCGUGUAAAGUAGCUGCUGCUAAAGGACACCUCGACUGUCUUCGAUUUCUUUUCGACAAAGUGAAACCUUCGCGAGGUACGGAAGUGGUAGUGGCAUUGGGCGCGGCAAAAUAUGGUCACCUAGGCAUCUUGAAAUAUCUUGUUGAAGAAAGAAAGAUACCUGAUAGGGCAAAGGUCGAUUGUAUGUGCAACGCUGGGUAUGGCCAUCUCGAUUGCCUUCAAUACUUAGUCGAAGAGGCGAAAGUGCCUCUUGACGACUGGCAAUACAUCGCUUCCGCUCGUUACGACGAGCACCCCGACUGCGUACACUACUUGCAAGAAAAAGGGUGCCCGGAACCAACGGAUGAAGAAUACGCGAGAUAUGUCGCGAAAAAGCUCGCAAAAGAGCAGCAGUAG